CACAGCCUGGACACGACCACCUUGCCUGGUCCUUCAACAUCUUUCUCCAUUCCUUCCAGCUCUCAGUUUGCCGUGCCCACCUCUGCCCCUCUAGCCGUUCCCGCUUCGACGACUGCCAAUGCAUCUCCGGCAACUAGCACUUCGAUCGUUCCUGCGGACAUUCAGCGCCCUGGGCUCAUAGGAGCGCCGCCACCGCCACCACCACCUCCCCCAUCUCAACCAUCAUUGCCUCCUCCCCCGCCACCUCCUCCGCCUCCACCACCUCCUCCUCCUCCACCACCUUUGCCACCUCCCCCAGCCACAUUAUCUCCCUUGACCAGUACAGCCCAACCUUCAUCUGGUCCUCCUCUUCCGCCUACACCGCUGCAACCUUCGCAACCGCCAGUUCCCUCGGCUACUUUGCCACCGGCUAAUCCGUCGCCAUCUCUCUCAUCCCAACAGGUUUUGCCACCGGUCAGGGCCUUAACCACUAUCACUUCUCAACAGACUCUCACCCAAUCUCAGUCGGAACAACAGCAAUCCACUCUUACGCCAGCCCCACCUCAGUCUACGGCCCAACAGCCAGCCCCUCAGACGCAGUCAGCAACUUAUCAGUUACCUCUUUGCUGUUAA